AUGGAGCCUCCACCCCCAGGGGCACUCUACCUCUCGGUCAGAAGGUUGUUGAGAAGAUGCCGAAUAAGAGUUCUGAUCCUCUGUCUCUAUUUUAAACCUUCGCCUAGGUUUCAGCAGGAGGAUUACACCGUGGAGGUGCGUCUGAACGAGUACUUGGACAUUAUCUGUCCGCACUACGAGGAUAACAGCGUCCCCGUUCAUUCUAUGGAACGCUACACUUUGUACCUGGUGGAACAAGAGGAGUACGAAGCGUGCAAACCCCGUUCUAAGGAACAGAUCCGGUGGCAGUGCAACCGGCCGGACGCCCUACACGGCCCCGAGCGACUCUCCGAGAAAUUCCAGCGCUUCACCCCGUUCACCCUCGGCAAGGAGUUUCGGGAGGGUCACGAGUAUUAUUAUAUCUCAAAACCAAUCCAUCGGCACGGAGGAUUCUGCCUCAAACUGAGGGUGAAGGUGGUGGGGAAAAAACCUCAGACACCACCUGGCCACAGCCCCACACAGAAGGGGACACUUCAAUCAGACGAUCCGGACGCCCCGAUGCUCCGGAGCGUGGGGCAGAAUUCCGCCCCCCAACUUGGCAGCCCCUUCCCCUUCCUCAGCCUCUUGCUGCUCCUCUUCAUGCCCCAGGGGCCCUGAAAGGAAUCUCGGGCCCGGACUGAACCCCCAGGAUUGAGCCAGGCAGGGUGGCCUAAGACGAGGUGCACGAGGUGGGCACCAUGGGACCUCCAGCAUUCUUGGGCUCGGUCCCCGGCACCACUGGUUGUGUGAGGUGCAAGGAAGUGCGAUGCAUGUUGGAGCCAUGGGAAGAACGGUCCCUGUGAGCGAAUCCACUCUCUUGUUUUAGAGAGAGAUCCUGUGGGACUCCCCAAUGUGGAGAAACCAAAGUGGUGGGCAGAAGCCACACAGGUACAGACGCUGGGUGUCCUGCAGGUCAGAGACACCGAGCCUUCCUGCCCCAAACGGGGGGCUGCGUUGGAUGGAACUGGUGGACAUUUCAAGAAAGGUCGUUGCGGACGAAUCCCGGAGCCCCCAACUCCCCCCUGGACUUAAUCGAGCAUGUGAAUAAUUUAUCCGACCUAAAAACAGGCAGGACCUGGAUUUGGGGAGGACCGUGUGACGUUUCACCUUCCCUUUGUCGGACUUUCAUCCUUGCAAUCCGGACGGGAAGGGUUCGUCCGGAGAAGGCGGAUCCAAGAACACUGAUCGAUAGUAUUUAUUCAAAGGAAAGGUGACGGUUACGACCCCAGCAUUCCCGCAAGGACCCCGAUUUCAAACGAGACGUUUGUAUAUACGGCAGAUGGAGGAUAGCAAAACUCUCGUUCGUUGGCUUCUGGGUUUUUGAUCUGAAGGGGUGAAAACUUGCCUUUUUUUUGUUUUUCCUUUUUAUACAGAGGAGGUUGGGCUGGCAUCUCUCCUUCAUUUGGGUAAUGGCUAGGGUUCUCAUCGGCAGGAGAAAUCUCGCUCGUACCCUUCCCCUCUCUGCUGAAGUACAAAAGGGAAUCUAUUAAAAAUGGAGGUGUCCUCAAAAGUGCCAAAGAAAGGUUUAGAGGCAUCUGGUUUCCAACAGUGCUCAGCUGUUAAAGCCAUAAAUCAGGAGUGUUACUGACUCCCGUGCCACCCUGGGGCUUUCUGUGUCGAGGAAGAGUGCCUCUGUUCACGGUGGAUCCAUUUACCUGUGGAUAAUCACAGCUCGUCCUUGUUUAGCGACCACAAUGGGGACCGGUAAUUUGGUUGUUAAGCAAAGCAGUCCCUAAGUGAAACCGCAACUGGCUUACGAUCUCAUUUCAGCUUUCUUUUGCUUGACGGACCUGCGAAGUUCGUCAGUGCGAGGACUGACGGCAAAGUGAGUUUUUCAUCACCGUCGUAACUGCGAACGGUUGUGAAACGAGGUGGCCGCUAAACAAGGACGAUCUGUAACAGAGCUCUGUUCCGUUUCUGAUUCGAGUCCCAGCCUUUUCUGAGCGAUUGGCUCGUUGUGAUCUGGCCUUCCUUUCCAGGGCUAGAGCUACAAUUUGUGGAUUGGUUCUUUCUGAUCUCUGGCUGCUUAAAUGGGAUCAGGGAGACAGCUUCAGUUGCAGGGGGUGAUGGGGAAGGAAUAUGCCACUCAGGAGUGGAGGGGAAAGGGGAAAUUUAUUUUCUGUCAUGCUUUUUAUUGUGGGAUUUUUUUUUAUUAAAAAAAGAAUAAAUAACAC